UAUUGAUAAAAUAACUUUAUUGGCUAACUCGAUGGAAACCUGAAUGGCAAAAAAAAAUUUUCUACCUAUUCCCUAAACGUAAUAUAAAAAAAAAUUCUAGAAUUUAAUAUCAUUUUUACCGCUAAUAAACGGUUUUUUACAAAUGCUAUUUAUUAUCGCGACAACAUCGGGGAACCUAGAUUCAUUCAUACACAAAUCGACUCCGGCCUUCAUAUUCUACCACUUUUACGCCAUUUUUUUAAAUCUCGUUAUACCUACUUCAAAUACCUUCUUCAAAUCGGAGGACAAAAAUAAUUUGCCCAUGAUAGAAUGUUAUUCUUGUGGCUAUUAUCCGGGAUGGGCCCCUAGCUUAUUGAACAGAGUUAUUAAUGCAAUAGAAUUGAGUGACGUUAAACUUGAUAACGCCGAAAAGUCACUCUCACCGCGCAACGCUAAAAACCUUAGUUACACUUCAAGAAUCUCGACAAGAAAGGAGCGAACCAAAGCGGUAAAAGAGAUAAUCUCAUGUUUCCACACGGAAGAGGAAAAUGAUCAAAGGGUUGAUUCUUCCGUAAACAAAAUGUAUGGUUAUUCUAGCAAAAAGCCGUGUACUUUCUAUAAAAAUGGGAAAACUUUGAAAAGUUAUCUGGAAAAUUCUAGGUAUAAAAGGCAAGUUAUCAAUCGAAGAACCAUCGAUAGCAAAAGUUGCAAUGGGUUUUGUGCGAAAAUCAAUUUUAAAGAUUCUAUGGAUACAUGGGUGACGGCUAAAAGUUGUCUAAAAUAUUGCGACGAAAGUCAAGAAGAUGAAAUAGAACUGUAUUGCUGUAACGAUAAAGACAAAUGCAAUUCUGCUUACAAGAUUCGCUGUCCUAGCAUCUUAUUAAAGGCGUUUCUCCUAGCAUAUUUAUUACGAAGGGGGUAUUUAAUUUUUUAAAACUUAAUAUCUACCUUUUAAUUAAUAAAAAAAUAUUUUUAAAGUCAAAUUAUUUUCAAAUAAUUUUAU